AUGGUUGCCACAAACAACGGUGACAUGUUCCAGUCGUUCCAGCACACGAUGCAGCUUCCAGACGAAGGCCCAGGAUCGAGCGAAGACGGGUCAGGGCUACACUCGCCAGUAUUCGGAGCAGCGUACCCUUCUACGCACGGAGACAGUUUCCGUGCAUAUCCUGAUCACAGUAACAUUGAAGUUCAAUACGACUAUCCAGCGCACUCGCAACACCUGAGCCAGGGCUACCCCGCCGCGCCCUUUCUGCCGCCAUCUCACUCCAAUCGCCACCCGCUGCCACUCGAGUUCGAUUCCCGCAGCGGCCAGCAUGCGACCCAGAACGGAAAUCUGGAAUGGUAUCCCCCUUCAAUGGAACGACGGUUGCCUAGCGCUCCUUCUCAAGAACACGUCUAUCCCCGCCCAACCGGAAACCCCCCGACGACGACGACAGCCCUCCCACCCCACGCAGAACAUUCCACACCAGCUCAGCCCGCUCAGCAACAGCCAGCACCACCACCUGAGCCGCGAAAGCCGUCCCAAGUUGUCAUCGCCUGUCGCCAAUGCCGUGCUCGCAAAAUACGCUGCGAUUCCACAAGACCCGUGUGCAACAAUUGUGUCCGCAGGAGCAAUCAGUGCGAAUACGAUGCUGUCCCGAAACGCAGAGGUCCGGACAAACGUCCUGGUACACGUCAAAGGUCAUGCAAAAAACGUCCAGCAGACGGCUCCAUACCGCCACCAGCAAAGAAGAAGAAAACGAAUCCUGCUUCUGAUCCUGCUAAUACCGUCGUCCAGUCCCGUAUAAAACCUGAAAAUCUGCCGGACCAGCUGAGGUCCCCUAUCGCUCCUCGACAUCCCUCCGAGAAGCAUCUGAAUCCUCCGCCCCCUCAUCCAUAUCCAUACCAUCACCCCCACCCCGUCCCCGUCACCGAGCUCCGUCUGCCGUCCGAUCCCGCCUCUAUCAUGUCUGACCCUAAUGCCGCGAAUCGCGCUUAUCCCAUGGGCUAUUAUGACCAAGGUUCAUAUCCUAAACAAUCCUCCUUUCGUCCACUCGACGGCAAUUCCUUUCAACCUCUAGGAGCACCGCCCCCGCGCCCUUUUGACAGCCAGAAACCGCCUGCCCUUGACAUGUCCCAUAGGCAGCACUGGGACAGACUCGCCCAGUCCCCGACGAUCCCCACCAUCGUCGAAGAGAUGAAGUUUUUGAUCGAUGGAACAGGCCACAUGCUUUCCUUUAUCAACAUCGACAAUCUGGCCAAGCGGCUCUGGCAGGAAGAACACCGCACCUCCAUCCACCCCGCCUUCAUCUAUGCCGCCCUCGCCCUCGCCAAACUCAUGAAGUCGAGCACCAUCGGGGAGAACGCGUCCGGUCUCAACACCGCCAUGACCUACCGUAGCGAGGCUCUCCGAUCCAUCAACGAAAGCAGACAACACCGCUUCUUCGACCUCACCCUCGUCGAGGCCGCACUCAUCCUCGCCAUCUUUGAAUCCUCCGCGCACCCCCAAUUCACCCACGAAGGCGCCGCCUCCGCCCUCCAAGACCUCGACGAAUUAAUAAGCGUGAUGGACCUGCCGUCGUACGACCACGCCGACCCGCGCGCCUCGCGCUUCAACAACGACGGCGUGCCGAUCAUCAUGACGCCCACACCCCACCGCGACGGCCCCCCUCGACGCUGCGACUGCCUCAGCCUCCCCGGUGCACUCUCCUCCCCCACGUCCAGCGGCUCGCCCGGUGUCGACUACCAUGCCCACGGUGGGCAUGGGCAGGGACCGGCGCAGGGCCAGGCGGUGUCGAGGCAGUAUACCCCGCCGUGGGACCCCAAUUGGACCGCGGAGCAGACGAGGGGCGAGGAGGUCCGCAGGCUUUGCUGGAGCGCGUUGGACCUCGUGUCGAGCUUUUUGGCGCAGUGUGCGGUGGAUAACAGGACCCCGCCCAAGUUUUGGAUCAGCGGUACCUCGCGGUACGCCCUGUUCUUCCCCGGUGAAGUGCACGACCAAACCCGCUCGACCGUCUCCUCGCCCACCUCCGCCGGUAUGCCUUCGGACCUAACGCUCACGCCGAAAGAGUCCAUCUGGGCACUGUACUGCCGCAGCAUGCUGCUGUGGAACUACUGCCAGCGCUUCCGGGACGACCAGCUCAUCCCGUCUGGUCCGCAGGCGGAGGACCAGCGCGCGGAGGAGGUGUGGGAGGCGUGGACGGAGGUGCAGGCUAUUGAGGAUUCGUUGGAUCUGCACAAGUGUAAUUUGGAUACGGGGAUUAUGUAUCAGACGAGGGAGUAUAUUCAUAAGUGA